CCAAUAUAAGUAUAGUAGAAGACUGGGUAAUGCCCAAGUGAAUAUAUAGAAGCUUAAUUCUACAACUGUAAUUUGGCUGGUUUCUCUUUAUCUAAACUUAAAUACUAACUAAAGUGAAAUACUUAAUUAACAAAGCUCAAAAUCAUGCAAGUGAAGCCCUAAACGCAUCAUUGAAAACUGUUAUUCGAUUAGCCACUUAUCAAAGGGAGCGGAUAUGGUAACAAUAACAUAUUUGUUGUUAUUGUAACAACACUAGUCUCCAACCAAUAUGAAGUUAGGGUUGUGAUGACUUUUUAUUACCUUAGUUGACCUAGUGUAAAAUCAAAAUAGGGGUAUAAUUGUCAUUAUGAAAAAAUAUGUUUAAAUAAUAAUAAAAUAUUUUUUGUAUUUUCUGCACAAAAUUUUGGUCACUAGAAUUCUGCCACUGGUCGCCGGUCACCGGAAUAUGCUAUUUGUCGUUGGAAUAUGCUUACCGGCGUCAGAAUCUAGUCAUCGGGGCCAAAAUAUGCCUAUCGGCGUCGGAAUCUGCUCACUGACGGUCAUCGGAGUUUGGUUAACGAACUUCGUUGACCGGUCAACGACCACCGGAUGUUAUGGUCUGCAUUGUGAGAUUUAUGAUUUGGUUUCUCAUAUUUUUGUACGCCUUUUGUGGUUUGCUUUAUCGGGUUUGUGGUUUGCAUUGAGAAGUUUCUGGUUUGCUUUCAAAAUUUUGUGGUUUGCGUUGAGGGGCUUCUAGUUUGUUUUUAAUAUAUUUGUGGUAUGCAUUAGGACGUUUCAGGUUUGCUUUUUUGUGGUUUGAUUUACUGUAUUUGUGGUUUGCAAUAGAAGGUUUCUGGUGUGCUUUUGCAAAUGUUGUGGUUUGCUUUGUGAGGUAUGUGGUUUGUUUUAGGAGAUUUGUGGUAUGCAUUAAGAGGUUUCUGGUUUGCAUUAAGAAGUUUCUGGUGUGCUUUCGAAACUUUUGUGGUUUGCUUUGCGAGGUUUCUGGUUUGUUUUAAUAUAUUUGUGGUCUGCAUUAUGACGUUUUUGGUUUUUUUUUUUUUUUGCUGUGGUUUGCUUUAGCGUGUUUGUGGUUUGCAUUACGAGGUUUCUGGUGUGCUUUUUGAAAUAUUUGCGGUUUGCUUUGUGAGAUUUUUGGUUUGUUUUAGGGGAUUUGUGGUAUGCAUUGGGAGGUUUCUGGUAUGCUUUUUUUUUUUUUUACAGUGUUUGUGGUUUGUAUUAUGAAGUUUCUAGUGUGCUUUAGAAAUAUUUCUGAUUUGUUUUGUGGUGUUUCUGGUAUGUUAUAGGCAAUUAAUGGUCUGCAUUAGGAGGUUUCUUAUAUGCUUUCGAAAUAAUUGUGGUAUGCUUUAUGAUAUUUCUGGUAUGCUUGUUUGAUUUUUGCAUGAGUGACAUUUGUUUGUAAGGGUAAAGAUGUCACAAACCUUCUUGUGUGGAAGAAAUUGCAUUAUAGUUUCCUUUAAACCAGCCGCCAAUCGCCAUCCUACUCUAUAGCAAUUAGCAAAUACUAAUACAAGUGAUAAGAAUGAAAAUAGGUGUCACAAAGUUCUUCUCCAUUUUUAAUAUUCAACUUUCCCCAAGUCCCAACGAAGUUCUUGCUCCAUCCAAUGAACAACAAAAAAUUUUCCCUUAUCUACUCUCGUUCGCUACGUGGCGGAGAGCUAGUACAGGUAUCUUAAACUUCUGACACUUGUCCAUAAUGCAGACACGUGGCACUAACCCAACAAGCCAGACACUUUUCCCCAACCUUUUGUAUAUAAAGGCUAGGGGUGUUCAAAUGGUUACCGUGGUAAUAAUCAAACCAAUUAAGCCAAAAUUUCAUUAACCAUGGAAUAAAAUGUUUUAACCAAACCGUCCAAAUUAACACGAAAACCAAAUUAACCAAAUCAAAGUUUAAUUGGUUUGGUUAAUUGGAUAAUCGGAUUAACCAAAUAACAUAACAUUACAUGAAAAUAAUUAUCCUGUUAAUGCAUAAAACAUAACCAUAUGUUAUAACUAUCAUAGACUAUCAUUAUAUAUAAGCAAUAAUAAUAAGACUAAUCAUCCAUGAUCAUCAUCAUUAAUCGAGUUAAUACAUCAUUCAUCAUCUAUGCACCUAAUAUAGUUAGCUUACAACAAACCCUUAACAUAAAUAUUAAAUACAUACCAAUACCACUCCUUAGGAAAUUAAAGCUCUCCUACAAAACACUUAAACUAUACAUAGUUUGAGGUAGUUGUCAUGGUACUAUACGUAAUCCUAAAGUCUAGUAGCUAUCCAAAAUGUUUUGGUUUAGUAAAGAGGCAGGCCAAUUUAAUUUUUGACCCAUAAUGCUUUGGUUUGUUGUGCAAAUGGAAAUAAAAUAGGGAAUCACGAAAGUUUGGUUUGGUUGGUUGCAUGAAAGUAUAAAUAAUUUUAUAUAUUACGUGUAUCAUUAAUUGGUUAAUUGGUUUCAUUGGUUAGCAGUGUUGAAACCGAACCAAACCAUCUAAACCAAAUAAAUUAAAUUGUUUAACCAAACCAAACCAAACCAAUUAUCCAAUUUAACCAAACCAAAUUAACCGAAUGCUACUGGUUAAUAUGGUUACCAUGGUAACCAAUCCGUUUGAAUACCCCUAAUAAAGGCAGGAUAUAUCGAGUUGUUUUGAGCGAUCAAAGUUCACAGCACACCAAUACCAAAACCAAAUCAAACACAAACACAUACACAUAAAUUUUCAUUAAAAGUAAAUUCGAAACAGACUUUGAAGGAAAGAUGCAGUCCAUGAAGGAAACCGCUUCCAACAUUGGGGCCUCUGCCAAGGGUGGCAUGGAGAAGACCAAAGCCACCGUCCAAGAGAAGAUCGAGAAGGCUUCAGCACACGACCCGGUGCAGAAAGAGAUGGCGAGGGAGAAGAAAGAAGAGAGGGUCGCAGACUCUUCAUCAGCUUUGGUCGACUGGGAAGAAGAAGGAGAGCCCCGCCUGCGAGUGGCGACCCGGAAGAAGCAGAGCGUCGCCUGCGAGUGGUGAUCGGGAAGAAGGAAACCAGUGCAGACUCUGGUCCGAGUCCGACUACGAUUUUGAUGUCAUCAUCGCCGUUUUCGACACCAGCGUCUAGCCCGACCGUCGGAGAGAGGAUGGCGCCGGAGUAGAGAGACAACAGUUGAUUUCGAUUCGGAAUGAGAUUUACAGUCGGAGAGAGUGAACAGAUUUGAGAAACUGAACGCGAUUACGGAUCGAGAUGAGGCAUCUAUGUAACAGAAGGAGAGCGAGGAGUAAGGCUGACGGUGGUGGCAGUAAUGAGCAGCACCGUCGAUCGGAGGUCGGAAGGAGAUAAGAAUGGAGGAGAGAAAAUGAAAUCGAACUAGAUCUGAAUGGAAGAGAGAAUGAGACAGAUGAGAGACUAGAGAGAAUGAAAAGUGAUGAAUGAGAAGUUUGACCGGAAUUCAAAUUUUUGUCCAUAAUUAUCUUUCUGUUAAUUUAAUAUUAUUAUUAUCUAAUAAUUAAUGGUGUUUUAU